AUGAAGAUCGACGGCGGGGGACACGAUCGCGACGAAGACGGCGAUGAAAGCCGACCUGCCAAGCGGCAGCGAACACUAUUUAGUGAAAUUAUCACCCGUGCUACUACUCUUCUUCAACCCUCCAGGUUUUUCCAGCGCUUCCUCCCUAGAUUCACCCGCUCCCAUCUGUUCUACCCGCCGUCGCCGUCGCGGGAUAUAGUUCCUCCUUCUCCUUCUUCGUCGAUUGUUCUGCCUCCGAAACACGACGUCUUCAUCAGCUUCAGAGGAAUUGACGUUCGCGACAAUUUCCUGAGCCACCUCAACUCGUUCCUCACACACCAGAAGAAAUUCGCUGUCUACAAAGACGAUUCAGAUCUCGAAAGAGGAGAGGAGAUCUCGCCGUCGCUGUUGGAGGCGAUCGAGAGAUCGGCGUGCUACAUCGUGAUUUUCUCCCCCAAUUACGCUGGUUCACCGUGGUGUUUGGACGAGCUCGUGAGGAUCCUCGAGUGCAGUGAUCGGUAUGGGCGGCGGGUAGUUCCGGUGUUCUACGGCGGCUUGGACCCUUCUUAUGUCGAAAAUCAAACUGGAAGCUACCGGAUACUCCCCAAGGGGGAGGCGGUUGACAAAAUUCGGAGUUGGAGAGCUGCGUUGACUAAGGCAGCUGGCAUUUCGGGCUUCGAUUCACGAGUUACCAGGCGCCAUCAGGUAGUGGUGGACCGGCAGCUGGACCUCCCCAACAAAUAUGAAGGUGGUGACGGAGGAGCAAGUCGUAGUUCCUGUGAAUCGAUCCGCCCAGCGAGUUCUCCACCGGCAGAACGGCUCGAUCCGCGAUCCAGAGCUCCACCGCCUGGAAAGCGACCUCGAACUGGUCGCACGGAAUCGCCUCACAUUUCGACAAAAUCCAGAGCAGCCUUAACGAUUGGGACCAAAUCCAGGUCAAUUGUCUUGUGACCGUUGACGGAAGCGAUGGAAUCAACAACAACAAGUCCAUUUUCUCCUCCAGAUCUACUUUCAGGAGGCUGCUCCUGUCCAACGACUUUGUUGGAGAGGAUAGCGCAUGCCAGUCAGAUCUGCUGGAGACGACGCCGGCAGGGAAGUUGACGGAGUCGUAGAAGCGAUGGAUGCAGUGGACUGUUAGCGAACUAACCACUUGGCCCCAAUAACUCGAGUUAUUGGGAAAGCGAUAGUUAAGCCUUUUAACCUUUUAUACGCCCCCUCAAACGAAAG